UUGUAGGAUUUAUCUACAAGCUUCCUGAUCAUUGUUCCAGACGAGACGCACUCACUUUAUUUCCAAGGAUGCAUCUGGCUGCUUUCUCUGCCUGGGUCCUCAUCAUAUCACUGCUGGAAACAGUGAGUGGACUAAGAACUAUUGUCGGUCAGUAUGGUGAAACCAUUGAGGUACCAUGUUACAAAGAGAUCAAGACAGAGGACAUCAAGAUGACAAAAUGGAAAUUUACCAAUGCAAGCGGAAGCAGUGGUGACCUUCUGAAAAAAGCAGGGUCUCCGAAUGUCACAUUCAUCCCCAACUCCGAGUACGACGGCAGAAUCAACCUGACAAAAGACCUCAGCCUGCAGAUUACAAAAGUUAAACUGGCAGAUCAGAAACUCUUCACCUGUAUGGUGGUCACAGACCAGGAUUUAGUUGAGUAUCCAGUUCAAGUGACAGUUCAGAAGGCUCCUUCUGCACCCGUCAUCACAAAUCAAGCCAAGGUGUUGGAAAUCGGCAAGCUAACACUGCUGGCAGAGUGUUCUACAAAAGAUGCCAACCCAGCAGCCAACAUCACAUGGUUCAAGGACAAUGUUACACUUGAAUCUGAUGGGACAGUGGUCAAGAUCACAACAAAUGAGCAGACGGACAAAGAGACCAGUCUGCUGUCUACAUCGUCCAAGCUCGAGUACGCAGCUGUGAAGGGUGACAUGAAUGCAAAGUUCACUUGUGCGGUACAACAUAAGAGUCUCGCCUCAGACCUUGUGUCCGCUCCUAUGACCUUCGUCAUCCACUAUCCAGCUGAGCACGUCAGCCUUCAGGUCAUGCCUACAGGUCCAAUCAAGGAGGGAGACAACGUGACAUUGAAAUGUAAAGCUGAUGGGAACCCUCCUCCAUCUAGCUUUAACUUUUACAUCAAGGGGAAAAAAGAGAAGGUGGAGUCGGACACUUACACACUUCCCAAAGUCACCCGGAGCAACAGUGGAGAGUAUAAGUGCUCUCUGGUGGACAACGAUGCAAUGGCAGCUUCUGUCGAUAUCACUGUUAUGUAUCUGGAUUUCGCCAACGUCACAACAGGAAAAGUUGUUAAACGUUUAUCUGAGAGCUUUGAGCCAACACUAGAGCUCAGUGCAUCCGGAAAGGUCCAAGUCUCCUGGUCAAAGAACAAGACCAAACUGACCAGCCAGCCCAAGUUUGACAAGCUAAAAUACUCUGACUCUGGAGUGUACAAAUAUGAGGCUACCAUGGAUGGACUGGUGAAAAGUGCUUCAUUUGAACUGGCCGUCCAAGGUGCCCCCGUGAUCACUAAGCUGACCAAGCAACGUAGUGAUAAUGGAAAAGUCCUGAUCUGUGAGGCUGAAGGUUUACCCAAACCUGCUGUGCAAUGGAGCAUCAACGGCACUAAUGCUUCUGAGAUUGAGUUCACCGAAGGAAAGAUCAUAUACAAACUUAACAUCAUUCCAACUGUCAAUCUCACAGUCGACUGCACAGUUUUCAAUGAUCUGGGCCAGGACGUAAUGAGCAUUGAUGUGUCGACCAUAUCUGACGAUGUGACAAUGGACAAGAGGGAGCAGGCAGAGGAGUCUGGUAAUUCGACGCAAGUGGCAGUGGGGGUCGUCUUAGGUCUUCUGUUAGCUGCUCUGCUUGUCGGUCUGGCCUACUGGAUCUACAUGAAAAGAACCAGGGAAGGCAGCUGGAGGACAGAAGAGAAAGAGAACGGAACUCUGGAAGAAAGCAAAAAACUGGAGGAAACUCAGAGUCAGAAAGCUGACGUGUAA